AUUACCCCCCCCCUCUGAAAUUGGCAUUAUUUACCUCCUGCGUUGCAAGCUGGACUCUCUCUUUUGACCACAAUGAAGCGGCCUUGCGAGGAAACUACCUCAGACAGCGAUAUGGACGAGACUAUAGACGUAGGAAGUGAAAAUAAUUACUCUGGGCAUAGCGUCAGUUCUGUGAUCCGAUCAAAUUCUCCUACUACAACAUCACAGAUUAUGGCCAGGAAAAAAAGAAGAGGGAUUAUAGAGAAAAGGCGCCGAGAUCGUAUAAAUAACAGUUUGUCUGAACUGAGGCGGCUUGUGCCUACAGCGUUUGAAAAACAAGGAUCUGCCAAAUUAGAAAAAGCAGAAAUCCUGCAAAUGACAGUGGAUCAUUUGAAGAUGCUCCAGGCAACGGGCGGGAAAGGUUACUUUGAUGCACAUGCUCUUGCCAUGGAUUUUAUUAGUAUCGGGUUUCGAGAAUGUUUAACUGAAGUUGCAAGAUAUCUGAGCUCUGUGGAAGGUCUGGACACAUCUGACCCUCUAAGACUUAGGCUAGUUUCUCAUCUCAGCUCCUGUGCUUCUCAGAGGGAAGCUGCAGCAAUGACCUCGUCUAUGGCUCACCACCACCAUCCUUUGCAUCCUCACCACUGGGCAGCAGCUUUUCACCAUCUUCCUACAGCUUUACUACAGCAGAGUGGACUACAUUCCUCUGACAUCUCUCCUUGCAGACUCUCAACGGCAUCAGAAGUGCCUCCCCACGGAUCUGCUCUUCUUACAGCCACUUUUGCUCAUGCCGAUUCCACACUAAGAGUGCCCUCUGCUGGCAGCAUUGCUCCCUGCAUACCACCGAUUUCUACCUCUCUUCUCUCGCUCUCUGCCACUGUACAUGCUGCAGCGGCAGCAGCUGCCCAAAGCUUCCCUCUGUCAUUCACUGGGGCAUUCCCAAUGCUUCCACCUAGUGCAGCUGCAGCUGUGGCAGCUGCAACAGCAGUCAGCCCACCAUUGUCUGCAUCUGCAACUUCCAGCUCUCAGCAAGCAAGCAGUAAUGGAAACAGUAAACCUUACCGACCCUGGGGAACUGAAGUUGGGGCUUUCUAAAUCUUCAUAAGCCUUCUUGGGAUGUUGUCAAGUUACAACAGAAGUUUCUUCUUCAAGUUACAACAGAAGUUUCUUCACACAAAAUGUAGAUUAACAGGUAAAGUAGCCCUGGGGGUGCCCAAAAAACAGUUGGGACACAGCAAAGCUUUUCAGAAUGGACAUGAGAUUUUUAUUCUUUGUUGCUUAAGGCAUCAUACGGGACAGUGGUGAUUGCCAAAACGAUGACUCUCAUGUUACCAUGUAGACAUUGCCCAAGAAAUUUAUAGUCCUCUUGCCAGUAGAAUGAAUCCUCUUGCCAGCUGUUUUCAUUUGUGGGGGAGGGGGGACAUGGAUUAUAUCUAAAACAAUUUUCAAGAAAGAAGAAUGCAAAAUUCAAACUGAAGAAGUGCCUGACCUUUUGCAAAUGUGUGGUUGUAUGCGUAUGUUUUCCUUUUGAUGGCAAAUGAAAACAACACUGAAUAGAAUAAAAGGGAUGGGGAAUCGUUUGAUACUAUUCUGAAACGGUGUACAUAAGGUUACAGACUUCAGUCCUUUGAUAUAAUGGGAUUAAAACAACCUUAACUCUCUACAAGAUUGCCACCUUAAAGCAAUAACCAAUUUGACUUCUGAGGCUUUAUACAUUUACAUACUUGGCUCACUGUGUGUGCAGAAUUGUCAGAUGGUGAUAGGCAACAUAGCAUUAAUACAAGUGCUGUACUUUCCAGUGCUUGGUUUUAUAAAAUGCAAGCUUCAGGCCAUUUUCUUUAAAAACAAUUGGCCUGAAAUUGCGUCUUUCAGAAUACUUGUACCACACCAAGAGAUUGCACUUGGACUUGUCGAUAGCUGACUUGUCUUUCCCUUUUGGAAACUCAUACUUAGCCUCCUCCUGGCAGGAUGCAAACCCUUUCUUCUCCUCUUUGGCACUUGUUGGAAAUAAUUUUCUUCCUAGGUAUGAAUACCUAUAGUGUGCAUAAAGAGGACCCUUUUGGGCUGACCUUUUCCCUUGCCAAUGUUUUCAAACAAAUCUGUUAGAGAAAGCAAGUUAUUUCUCCAGUACCUGGGCAAGCAGUGCUGCAAAAAAGUUUUGCUUUUUAUUAUAGCAUCAUGAAAUAGCCUAAGUAUUUUAAUUAAUUGACUCAAGAGUUAGAGAGUUUAUGUUGGAGGGGAAAUAAAUAAAAGCACAGCAUGUAUUAUUAUGCACUUCAUUUCUCUGCUGUGUGGAGAAAGCAAUAAACAUUGAGAAUGUUAAACAUUAUGCAAAGUAUACUUUUAAAAUAUUUGUUUUAAAAAUACUAUUCCUAAAUUGGGGUGGGGGUGGAAUUGUGCAUUAUUUUAACUGUUUUUCUAUGCAAAA